UACACACACCUGCCUUCCGGCAUCUCCAGCAGAGGCCCUGCCAUUCCCUUGGCACUCGGGGUUGCGAGCUCUUCUUCGAUCUCCGUGUCCUUCUGUGCGUCAACCUCCUUCUCACCCCCGCCACCCCCUUGGAGCCAAGCUGGCAUGGCUUGCUGGCACCCGGGCGUCCGUUUUCCUUCCAGCCUGACCAUCUGCCUGCUUUCCCUGCUGGCCUCAUUAUUCCCUGUUCUAUCUUCCUUCCCUCUGGCUGUGCUUGUUGGGAAUUCUGUUUCUCUCCCCAUUCCAUUCUCUUUACCCUCCGCUCAAGUCCAAAUUACUAUCAUCUGGAGAAGGAAUGCAACCAUCCUGGCAACAGGAAACCUGCGCCCUAAUUUUACAGUGAAGGUAGAUCCCAGUUUCCAGUCUCAGUUCAGUGUGGACCCCGUGCAUGGCAACCUCAAUAUUUCUGACCUGAGGACCAUGGAUUCCGGCAUCUAUUCAGUGGAGAUCUUCCCUCUGGGGGGUGUCGUCCAGAAGGGAAACAUCACUAUUCAAGUUUAUGAUCGCUCAUACCUGUGUGUUUCCUUAGAGGAAGUGGGCAACAUCUCUGUGGUCCCACCAUCUGCAGAAGUGAUAGAAGGAAACGGUUUAGUGGCUUUCAACUGCACUCCCGUCCAUGGUUUUGUCUCCUGGACCAAGGAUGGUCACCGCCUGGGUGAUAAUCCCCGUUAUUUGCGUUCAUCUGGCUACCUGCAAAUUAGAGACCCUCUACGGACUGAUGCUGGUGUCUACACUUGUACCAUCUCCAACCCCUUUGGCAAUGCCAGUGGCACUGCCAACCUGACCGUCUAUUAUGGUCCCGAGACCCCAACAAUUACCGUCUCGUCCUCUCAGGAGGAUUCAAGUGCAGGGAGUUUUGUGCUGGUGAACAGCACGGUCAACCUCACAUGUCUGGCACCCUCCAACCCCCCAGCAAAGAUCUACUGGAAUGUGGCUGACAAUAUGGACCGUGACGUCCCUUCCUCACCUGUUCUGCAGCUCCGCAGAGUGCAGCUGAAUCAGGGAGGGGUGUAUUCCUGCCUGGCUAUCAAUCAGAAGACGGAGCUACGCUUUCGUAAUUCCCGCCGUAUCAACGUCGUCCAAGCUCCUUGGGGAUCGCCUGAUUGUUCUGUGACUUCGGUGCAAAAUGAUUCUGCCUUACUUUUUGUCUGCUCCUGGACUGGAGGGUGGCCUGCUCCUAAUCUCACUUUCCAGGGACUCCCUGGAGACGAGGAGGAAAUCGGUGCCUCUAAAUUACAGAGCUUGCUGGUCCCCCCCUUCCCUGCUGGGAUCAGUGGUUCCAAAGUUACUUGUUUGGGUCAUCAUGUAACUGGGCAAGCCAACUGCACCUUGAUUCCAGAAGCCCCCUCAGGGGUUACAUUGUCAUUCCAGGCAUCCAGUGACCCCAAAGGGGGAGUGACUGUGCAUCUGCGUUGCCAGGGCACCUUCAAUCCUGUGGAAAUUGAAUGGUUUAGAGAUAAGCGCUCACUGAUUCCUGCCGGAAGCCAUUAUAGGCUCAGUCCUGAUAAAAUGCAUCUCACCAUCUGGAAUUUCACUGCUCCCCAGGAUCUGGGAGAUUACAGCACCGUCUGCUCCAAUCCACUGGGAACACAACAAACUAACCUCACUAUUAUUGGCCCCUCAAUCUCUGAAUGGACUUUGGCAAAAGGACCCCAACCAGGCACUGCCUCUCUAACUUGGACGGUCCCAAACAAGUCAGCGGUGACCAGUUUCAUGAUUCAGAUGCAAGGUCCAAAGCAACAUCGUUCUGCUGAGGAAUGGAGUACGGUGGAAGUGCUAGGAGCUACCAACCGAUCCGCAACUGUUAUAGGAUUGCAGCCCCAAACGGCUUAUGCUUUCCAAAUAGUGCCUUAUCUGGGAUCCCAAGCUGGGAACGCCACUCAAAUUCAAACCCUCCACCCAGAUUCAUAUCUGACUGGUGGGGACAUUGCUGGGAUUGUGCUUGGCUCCAUUUUGGGGAUGGUCCUGAUCAUUGCGCUCCUGUUCUUGGUGGUUUGGCUGGUCUGCCUUCGGAGAGCAAAGAAGAAAGCUCCACCCACGCCACCAGAGAAUCAACACCACUAUCUGUCACGCCAGUUCCCAAAUGGGAAGAAAGUUGAGUCAAGUGACUCUUGGGAUAACCCUCGAUGGUCAUCUGGAGACUCAGACAUCUACGCCAUCACCUAUGAGGAACAUCUGCACAGACAUCUCAGCCCAGUCACCUUGCCUAUCGGUGUCAGGGAAGGCACUUCCUCUUCUCCAGCUGUACGACCUGGCAUCAGGACUGUGCGGAAUGCUACCCAGGUCUGAAAUGGGGAAGAUCACACCCAGCCAGAUUUGAUCUUUAAAAUGGGACUUGUGAAGAUGACACCCAGCUGGUUAUGGUCACUGAAAUGGGACUUGUGAAGAUUGCACCCAGCCGUUUAUAGUCACUAAAAUGGAAUUUGUGAAAAUGACACCCAGCCGUUUAUAGUCACUAAAAUGGAACUUGUGAAGAUGACAUCCAGGCGGUUAUAGUCAUUGAAAUGGGAUGCUGAGAUGCUGAGAUGGAUUUGUGCCUUCUGCUCCUAGCUUCCUUAAAAACCGACAGAUGGGGCUCACCCGUCUGCGAUGUGAACUUCAACAUUAUUGGCUGGAAAUCUGACUCACCUAGCUAAGAACCAGCAACCUUAGUCCUCCAAGAAGCUGCAUUUUGCAUCCUCAAAAUUUAGACAAUUAGGUUUUGGAUGCUGAGAUUUCCCAUGCAGCUUUUAGAACAGAGCACACUGCAAGGCAACCUAAUUCGCUGGCCUCUGAUAAGUCUUCCAGACGAGAGCUGCUGGAAUGGAUGGUGUGUUAGAAUCCCUAAAGCUCGCUUUGCAGCCAAGGACAACGUACAACGUAAAACGAGACCGUAGAUCUUACAGGGGAAGGGCUUGGAUACAGUGGCAGGUAGGGAAGGAUAUGGCUGUAGUUGGAUUGAGAUGUGCCUUACUUUUCCAAAACCAUUUUAUCCCACGAAGCUGCUUAUAUUCUGAGGCUGCACACACCUGCCAAAUGCUCUCCAUUCUGUUAUCAAAAGCACAGCGCUGGAGGCUGGCCCAGUUUCUGUCUUGGAACCCAGUCAAGAUCCCCUUCUUGGAUACCAGGGGAAAACGACGGUGCUUUUAGAGCUGGAAAAGAUAUAUCUUCCUGGCUUUUUCCCUGUUAAAUUGAAGAUGGAGUCCAUUCUUCAGUUCUAAGGUCGGUGCUUCUCAACCUUGGUCGCUUGAAGUGGUGUGGACCAGAGGUGGUAUUCAGCCUGUUCUGACUGGUUCUGCAGAACCAGUAGUGGAAAUUUUGGCUAGUUCAGA